AUGACGAGCUUUCUUGCACGAGAGAUUCAGCUUCAGAACGCCCCUUUGGCUUUUCAACGCAUCCCUUCUACACGUCGUAUCUGCACCCAAGAGCAUCUCCACCCAAUAUCUUCCGAGAUUUGCGGCGACCUCCUCACAGACGUAAAGGAGAUGGUCAGAGAAUCUGAAAAUCAUCAACGAUUUCAAGCAGAGCGUUUGGAAAAUGUUCUUAAACAGACUGAGCUUGCAAUAGACGUGAUGAGAAAUCCUCGCAACGAACCUAGCUCUGUUUUCAAUUACGCAGACGACAUCAAGUUCCUCGAACAAUUCGCCGUUAGUUACAAGCAAGGGGUUGGUCUCAGCGAUGAUGCCCACCGCCACUACCUUGUCAAGGUCUCUAUCGUAUUGAAACGAGCACUCACAACACUCGACAAUGAAUACAAGAACGUCUGUCCCUGGUCCCUCAUCCUCAAGGUUAACUCCACCGAUCUCUGUCCACAUCGACCAUUCUGCAAGCACAAGCAGAAGUACACCCUGUCUCAAGUUCCAGCAGGUCAUCCCUAUCCUCCUGGUGGCAUAACCCACAGUGCUGUCAUGGGUUUUUGUCAAGAUGAGUAUGCUGUUCAGCCUGGUAAGACGAAGCCUGAGGGAUGCGAGGUCAAGAUGUACUGUGCACUUCAACACAAGGAAGAUUGUAGUAGUAAGGCAAACUGUGAUGCAAUCAUACUCUACGCAGUAGCUUGUCUUCAUAGGGAUGGACUUUGGGAGUAG